AUGACUGAUCCAAACAACAAACCCUAUCCUCAAGAAUUUUAUUGUCCCAUCACACAGGAAGUCAUGAUCGAUCCUGUCAUUGGAAAAGAUGGCCAUACCUAUGAACGUGAAGCUAUUGAGAAAUGGUUGAAGGAUCACAACGUAUCGCCCAUGACUCGUGAACCCAUGAGUGUGGAUCACUUGGUUCCUAAUAUUGCUCUCAGAAAUACCAUUGAACAAAUUGUGAAUGAGAACGAGAAUGCUAUUAAUACUGGUGCUAGAGUUCUCGGAUCAUUGCCAAGUAGCAGCACUGUUUCACCAUCUUCACCUCACCAUGUGGCCAAUGUCGACUUGACUGUCAAAUCUCAUCUCAGAAAUGACGGUCGUCGUGUGCAUGUUCGAGUUCAACCACCGAUUCAAGGUGCCGAACGUCAACCAUGCAAUUUGGUUUGCAUUAUUGACAUUUCAGGAUCGAUGGGUUCUGAUGCUGAGGAAGCCUCAACAAAUGCCACUGAAAAUGCUGGAUUUUCUCGUUUGGAUUUGGUCAAGCACUCGGUGCGAACCUUUAUUGAAGUGUUGAAUGAUAAGGAUUGUCUCUCAUUGAUUCCUUUCAGUGACAAGGCAAGAAUUGAUCUCUCACUCACCAAAAUGUCAGCAUACGGUAAGAAGAAAGCCAUUGACAAGUUGGAAAAGAUGCAACCUGAGGGAUCGACCAAUGUUUGGGAUGGUUUACGAUGUGCCUUAGAAAUGUGUAAAGAUUCUCCUCUCUGUACUCAAACCAACACUUGUGUCAUUUUGUUUACUGAUGGAGAAAGUAAUAUUAAUCCACCACGUGGAAUUAUUCCUUCCUUAGAAAAGCAUAUUAAGGAUAAUCCAUUGAAUGCCACCAUUCACUCGUUUGGAUUUGGCUACAGUUUGGAUUCCAAAUUAUUGACUGACAUUGCGUUACAUGGCUCUGGAUUUUAUUCAUACAUUCCUGAUUGUACCAUGGUGGGUACUGUUUUUGUGAACUUGUUGAGCAAUGUACUCUCAACCAUUAUUAGAAGAGCCGAUUUGAUAUUGACUCCUUUGAACGGUGCUACCAUCAAGCAUGUGUAUGGUAGCUCGCUCAAUGCUCAUGGUAAUGCAAAGAAUGAUUCUGAAUCCAUUGUCAUUUCCAUGGGUGGAAUUCAAUAUGAACAAACUCGAGACUAUAUUGUCGAUGUGGUUCCACAAGAUCCCAAUGCUCCAUGUCUCAAGGCAGAACUUAAAUUUAACUCUCAAAGUAUUGAAAAGAUGGAUUCUCCUACAGAGGUCUUGUCUCUCCAAGAUUUGAACGAACUCAAUGUUCAAUAUUCAAGAUUAUUAUUCAUUGAUAGUGUGGAGAAGGGCAUGGGAUUGGCUAACAAGGGUUCAGUGGAUGGUGCUACCAAGGUCAUGAAAGAAUUUUUGAAACAAGUUCAAAAAUUACCAUCUCAUACCGAUGAACGAAUCAAGUCCCUCAUGCGUGAUGUUGAAAGUGACAACCAAAAUGAAGGACAAGUGUCACAAGCAUUCUCAAGAUCUGAUUGGUAUCAAAAAUGGGGUCGUCACUAUUUGCCAAGUUUGUUACGGGCAAACUGGAUGCAAACUUGUCACAACUUUAAGGAUCCUAGUGUUCAAGUGUUUGGAGGAGAUCUCUUCAAGUCUUUGCAGAACGUGGCUGAUGAUAUUUUCUGUAAACUUCCGCCACCAAAGGCAUCCAAUAAGGAGCGAUAUGAUCGUUAUACUGGUACCUAUACCUCAUCCACUUACACACCUGUCAACAUGAGCGCUUAUUACAAUGCUGGUGGAAGUUGCUUUGAUGGAGAUUCACAAGUCCUUUUGGCAGAUCACUCUCUCAAGAAGGUCAGAGACAUUCAAAAGGGUGACAAGCUCAAGAACAUGAAUGGCAGCGAUCAUGCCACCGUGUUGUGUGUUCUGAAAUCAAAAACACCAUCUUCUCAAGUCAAAUUGUGUGACUUGAAUGGUAUGAAAAUCACUCCAUACCAUCCUGUUCGAGUGAAUGGUGAAUGGAAAUUCCCAAUUGAUAUUGCCACUCCUAAAAAUGUUACAUGUGAUUAUGUGUAUAAUUUAGUUGUGGAUCAAGGACAUGUGGUCAGCAUUAAUGGAGUAGAAUGUAUUACAUUGGGACAUGGAUUUUCAGACAACUCGGUCAUUAGUCAUCCUUACUUUGGUACCAGUAAAAUUGUGGAGGAUUUGAGAACCAUGAAAGGUUUUAAUGAAGGUCUUGUGGAAAUGACCAAGUAUAAGAUUAUGAGAGAUCCAAAUUCUGGAAAAAUCUCAUCAUUGUCUCUUGUGGAGUAA